AGGCAACCCGGAGCCACCUCAUACAGCCCCGAAAACAAAGGGGGUAUGGCAAAGGCCUUUCUGUCGCCGAGGUCUCAGUCACGGAUUUGUCCUGCGUGGCCGGUCCAGGACUAGAAACCGUCCCGGCAGCUGGGAGCUUGGUAGAGGCGGGGCGGCGAUAGCGCCACCCCCGGUCUCCUCCCCCGCACCGCCCAGCGGUGCGAAACUCUGGUUGGCUUGUCUAGUAAGUUGUACUUGAGGUCUAUCAUUUUGAAAAGUCCUGACCUCCUCCCGCCCUACCCUAGUCGGAGAACUCACUGAAGCUGAGUGUUUGGGGAUCAGGCCGGCUUGAAGGCUGCAAUCCUGGCGGACACCACCGGGCAAAUUCGGCGCCGCGGCCGGUGAGCGUGGGCGAGAUGCGGAGCAGGAGCAAUUCUGGGGUCCGCCUGGACGGGUACGCGAGGCUGGUGCAGCAAACCAUCCUGUGUUACCAGAAGCAAUCUGUAGUCCCCAGUGAGGCAAAACUUUACUUCUUCAAACGUGCUUUCUAAGAACCCAGUCACUGGGCUGUUAUCAGCCAGCCAUGACCAGAAGGAUGCCUGGGUACGGGACAACAUCUAUAGCAUACUGGCUGUGUGGGGCCUGGGCAUGGCUUACCGAAAGAAUGCCGACCGAGAUGAGGAUAAAGCCAAGGCCUAUGAGUUGGAACAGAAUGUGGUGAAGCUGAUGCGAGGUCUUCUCCAAUGCAUGAUGCGACAGGUGGACAAAGUGGAGAAGUUCAAGCACACGCAGAGUACCAAGGACAGUCUGCAUGCCAAGUACAACACGGCCACUUGUAGCACCGUGGUGGGUGAUGACCAGUGGGGCCACCUACAGGUGGAUGCCACCUCCCUCUUCCUCCUGUUCCUGGCUCAGAUGACUGCCUCAGGCUUGCGUAUUAUUUUCACCCUUGAUGAAGUGGCCUUCAUACAGAAUCUUGUCUUCUACAUAGAAGCUGCGUAUAAAGUUGCCGAUUAUGGAAUGUGGGAGCGUGGAGAUAAGACUAAUCAGGGCAUUCCAGAACUGAAUGCGAGCUCUGUGGGAAUGGCCAAGGCAGCACUUGAGGCAAUUGAUGAACUUGAUCUUUUUGGAGCCCAUGGAGGACGCAAGUCAGUCAUCCAUGUCCUACCUGACGAAGUAGAGCACUGCCAGUCAAUUCUUUUCUCCAUGUUGCCAAGAGCAUCAACAUCUAAAGAAAUCGAUGCUGGACUUCUUUCUAUUAUUUCUUUCCCGGCCUUUGCAGUAGAAGAUGUGAACCUUGUAAAUGUGACCAAAAAUGAAAUCAUUUCCAAGCUUCAGGGGCGUUAUGGAUGCUGUCGCUUCCUUCGGGAUGGUUAUAAAACCCCAAGAGAGGACCCACAUCGAUUGCAUUAUGACCCUGCUGAACUUAAGCUCUUUGAAAACAUUGAAUGUGAAUGGCCUGUGUUCUGGACUUACUUAAUCAUAGAUGGAAUCUUCAAUGGUGAUGCUGUUCAGGUCCAAGAAUACCGAGAAGCUCUGGAAGGAAUCUUAAUCAGGGGCAAAGAUGGGAUCCACUUGGUGCCAGAACUCUAUGCCAUCCCACCAGACAAGGUGGAUGAAGAGUACAAGAACCCACACACAGUAGACCGAAUUCCACUGGGGAAGCUGCCCCAUCUUUGGGGACAGUCCUUGUACAUCCUCAGCUCCCUGCUGGCCGAGGGAUUCCUUGCCACUGGUGAAAUUGACCCCUUAAAUAGAAGAUUUUCUACUUCAGUCAAACCUGAUGUUGUAGUACAAGUCGCUGUUUUGGCGGAAAACAGUCACGUUAAGGGGCUGUUGCGGCAACAUGGGGUGAAUGUCCAGAGCAUUGCUGAUGUGCAUCCGAUUCAAGUCCAGCCAGGCCGGAUUCUUAGUCACAUAUAUGCCAAACUUGGACGAAAUAAGAAUAUGAAGUUGGGUGGUCGACCAUAUCGGCACAUUGGUGUCCUUGGCACCUCUAAACUCUAUGUGAUUAGGAACCAGAUCUUCACUUUUACACCCCAGUUCACGGACCAGCAUCACUUCUACCUGGCCCUGGACAACGAGAUGAUUGUGGAGAUGCUGAGGAUCGAGCUGGCCUAUCUGUGCACCUGCUGGCGGAUGACCGGCCGCCCCACACUCACCUUUCCUGUCACGCACACCAUGCUCACCAGUGAUGGAUCAGAUAUUCAUCCUGCAGUUCUUUCUACAAUCAGGAAACUAGAAGAUGGAUAUUUUGGAGGUGCUAGAGUAAAACUAGGAAACCUGGCAGAGUUCCUCACUACCUCAUUCUACACCUACCUGACCUUCCUGGAUCCAGACUGUGACGAGAAGUUGUUUGAUGACGUCAGCGAUGGGAGCUUUAGUCCUGACAGUGAGUCAGACAUAGGAGGAUACCUGGAGGACAGCAGUCAUCCAGAAAGCCAAGAUGAACUUGACCAGUAUAUCAACCACCUUCUUCAAAGCACAUCCUUGAAGUGCUACCUGCCUCCUCUUUGUAAGAAAUCAGAAGACAGACAUGUUUUCAGCGCUGUCCACUCCACUCGGGACAUACUUUCUGUGAUGGCCAAAGCGAAGGGUUUGGAAACUCCAUUUUUUCCAAUGGUUUUGCCAACUAAAGUUCUGAGUGGACACCGGAAGUCACUGAAUCUUGUUGACUCCCCUCAGCCACUCCUAAAGAAGACUCCUGACUAUGACUGCCAGUGGCCCAGAGACGACCACGGUGAGAUGGACUGUGAAAAGCUAGUUGGGCAACUGAAAGACUGCUCAGACCUGCAGGAGCAAGCAGACAUUCUGUACAUUCUUUAUGUAAUCAAGGGUCCCAGCUGGGAUACCAAUCUGUUUGGACAGCAUGGAGUCACUGUCCACAGUCUUCUUAGCGAGCUCUAUGGAAAAGCUGGCCUGAAUCAAGAAUGGGGUUUGAUCCGCUACAUUUCAGGCCUGCUCAGGAAGAAAGUGGAGGUCCUGGCUGAGGCUUGUGCGGAUCUGCUGUCCCACCAGAAGCAGCUUACAGUGGGUCUUCCCCCUGAGCCCCGGGAGAAGACCAUCUCCACGCCUCUUCCCCCAGAGGAGCUCACAAAACUCAUCUAUGAGGCCAGUGGACAGGACAUCAGCAUUGCCGUCCUCACACAGGAGAUCGUGGUUUACCUGGCCAUGUAUGUCCGGGCCCAGCCUAGCCUCUUUGCAGAGAUGCUCAGACUCCGGAUUGGAUUGAUCAUCCAGGUGAUGGCCACAGAGUUGGCUCGGAGCCUGAACUGCUCAGGAGAAGAAGCUUCAGAGAGUUUGAUGAACCUCAGCCCCUUCGACAUGAAGAACCUCCUGCAUCACAUUCUGAGUGGGAAGGAGUUCGGUGUGGAGAGAGGCGUGCGCCCAAUUCACUCCUCCACAUCCAGCCCUGCCAUCUCCAUCCAUGAGGUGGGUCAUACUGGAGUCACCAAAACUGAGAGGAGUGGUAUCACCAGACUGAGGAGUGAGAUGAAGCAGAUCAUUAGGCGGGCUAGUGCUGAUGAGCAGUUCUUUCCUGUGGGCCAGGCUGUGUCCAACAGUUUGCAUUCCUUCAAGUCUGCGAGGUCCAGUACCCCAUCCUCCCCAACGGGCACGUCAUCUACAGACUCCGGAGGACAGCACAUGGGAUGGGGUGAGCAGCAGGGCCAGUGGCUGCGCAGGAGAAGGCUGGACGGGGCCAUCAACAGGGUCCCCGUAGGCUUCUACCAGAGAGUGUGGAACAUCCUUCAGAAGUGCCAUGGUCUGUCCAUCGAUGGUUAUGUCCUCCCGUCUUCAACAACUCAAGAGAUGACCCCGUGUGAGAUCAAGUUUGCUGACCACGUGGAGUCAGUGCUCAACCGCGUGUCCCAGCCCGAGUAUCGGCAGCUGCUGGUGGAGGCCAUCAUGGUACUGACCCUGCUCUCAGAUACGGAGAUGGACAAUAUCGGAGGCAUCAUCCACGUGGACCAGAUUGUGCAGCUGGCCAAUCAGCUGUUUCUUCAGGACCAGGUAUCAUUUGGAGCCACAGACACCUUGGAAAAAGACCAAGCCACAGGAAUUUGUCACUUGUUUUAUGACAGUGCUCCUAGUGGCGCUUAUGGUACAAUGACCUACCUAACAAAAGCAGUGGCUUCCCAUUUGCAGGAACUGCUGCCCAGUUCAGGCUGCCAGAUGCAAUAGGGCCUUACCCAUAAACACGACCACCCUCUGAAUCUGCACUCGGUCCCAUAGCCUCAUUGGGAAGUCUUUUCUGCCUUCCCCCCCGGGUCCCCUGUUCUGAUCCCCACCAGAAAGCUUCCCGGGGAGGAGAUGACAGUACUCAAGCCGGAAGCAAUGUGUGUUUAAGCCACAGAUAAAGCUGAUGAAUCCCUGCUCCCCUGAGAAGCAGCCUGGGAUCAUUUUCUAGGUUCAUUUCACUGGAACGUUUGUCACAGCAGCUGGGCUCCUGGACUCGGAAAAGGAACUGGAAAUUGGUCUCUUCUGAGCGCAGAGUGAACUGAGAAGCCAGCUUAAAUUGGCUCUCACCAAGAGUUACAGAAAUAGGUCCGAUGAGCUAGUGAUACAUGUUGAGGUGGAAAGAUCCCUCCAGCGACAAUAGCUAGACAAGCAGAGCUGGACAGGGGCACAGCCCAGCAGAGUGCAGUCUGUCUGAGGACCAAACUGUUCACCUGACAGAGUAAUUCGGUCUCUCUGGAAAUUUCUCCUAACCCCCACUCGGUUGAGGUCAUAUAAGUCUUCAUUGCCCACAUGAACUAAAUUGGCCCUAGUUAAUAUUGGCUCGUAGUCUUCAGAGGAUCUUGUCCUGACUGUCCACAGGCGUCUCCUCUCACCUUAGAAAAAUUCCUUAGCUUCCAGAAUCCAGAAAAAAACAACAAAAGGAAGGUGAGGCCCUGACUCUUCAGGUAGCCAGACUGUUUUAGGAGGGGGUCCCGUGGAAAGAAAGGCCUAUGUCCCUGCUCCCCCUGAGAUCACCACCGUGCAUGCUCAAAGCAUGAGUCAGCAUUUGCCAUGGAAAUCAGUGGGGUGUUCCUGCAGAAACAAUGCUCCCUUAAAAAUAGCCUGGGAACCCAAACCAUGUUUUUACAGAAGCACUCUCAGAUGGGCAUGGUUGGUACACUAUGCCAGAGAAGGCUGAGUCCUGGCAAAGUCUGGCGAUUCUUUCGCCAUUGUCCUGGUGAAUGGAGGUUCUUUUUAAGCCUUGCCUUCCCCAUGUUGGGACGGGGAUAAAUAACUGAAAGAGUAGUUUCUGUGAAUAAUCAGGCCUGAAGGACAAAGUCACCUAGUGGCCAAGUGCUACAUUCCCAUCUAGUUGUGAGAGGUUCCGAUUCACAGUGACUCUUCACCCCGGAAGUGGAAACAAGGCUGCUUUACUAUCUUCUCAGAGUCUGUGUGGAGAGGGGUCUUGGUGAUCAGAGGUGAACAGUAUCCCUCAGGGUGGAGAUUCGGGGCUGACUUCACUUUAUUCUCAAAACAGAAGGUGGCAGGGUGCCCUGCUGUUCCCUACCACUUCUAGGCAUUUCUAAAAACUGUCUUUACCUGUGUGUGUCCCUGUGAGUGUGUGCCGCCUGUGUGGGAGUCCCUGCAGAGGCCAGAAGAGAGCAUCAGAUUCCCCAAGAGCUGGAGCUACCGGUAUUUGUGAACCACCCUGAUAUGGGUACUGGGCCCCAAGCUCAGGUCCUCGGGAAGAGCAGCAAGGACCUGCUGAGCCAUCUCUCCUGCCCUCUUGGAUCUUCAACAUAAACCAGGGUCAGAGUCACGUGGUCCACUGACAGGUUCCCUGGUAGGUAAUUUCAAACACACGGUGAGACAGGAACAAGGCUUGGAAGGCACGGGAGAAGUUCUAGAAGCAGAGCCCCUCAGACUGGGCCCGGUGCUAAUUCCGCACACUCUUAGCCUGCCAGUGCCCUGGCUGUGACGUGAGAAGUGGCAGCUGCUGGGUUGGGCUCGAGAUGAGCCACAAUGAGCCAUUCACCGCAGCCUCGCAGCCACUCUCUGAAAUCUCUCCCCAAUGCAGUCCCGAAAUAGGACUGCAUUUCCACAGGCAGCGAGCUGCCAGCUUCAAAGGAAGAGAGCAGGCUUCCGAGACGAUCCCUUUAGUGAGCAGCCAAGGCCAUGGCCAAGAGGGACAGAUGUUUGCGGGGACGAUGACAGUCCCAUCCUGACAUCAGCCUUUGCCUGGAGGUGCUGGUGGGGAGAAGGUCUCCUAGCCCCUGUGGCCUCCGUCUUGGCUGGCUGUUCCCCCGCUCCCAGAGGCAUGGCAGGGAGCCUCUUUCCCGUCUCCCCUCCCAAAGCUGAAACGCCAGUUUUUAACCUUUGCAGGGGCCUAGAAUGUGGCCCUAGAGGACAGGUCAGUGAAUGCAGGGGUUACUUUCAUAUUUAACAGAGCCAGUUGAAAGGCGGCAGGCUGCCCUCUGGUCUGCUCGCCCCGGUUUUCCAAAGGUCAGCUCUGCUAUCCUGGCAUUGACACCAGGACUUGAUCUUGGGGAAAGGGAGUUGGCCUUUGUGUGCCUUAGUUUACCCAUCUGCCAAAAAGAGUAGGAGACCUCCUGACUGGUACAGAAGCUUCCUUUGGCGGUUAGGUGACCAGAUAUUCCCUAGGACAACACCAAGCCGUCUGAAGCGAAGGAACGCUAUGUCAUGUCCAGGUUAGUCUACCCUCCUUCUCAGCCUCAGCCAUAGGAAAGUGGUUGGCAGGCAUCAGCUGCCCAGAUAGGAAGAAUGCAAACAUUUCUUGGAGAACAAAAUGGGGAGCCCACCAGUCAAGUGGCAAAGAAACACUUGGCCAGUUGAUUGAUGCCAUUGGUUUCUGGACAAGAUGGCAGGAGCCUUGGCCUCUUUCCAUAAACUACAGUGGAGUCAUCUCUCCAUCCUGUUGACUUGUGCACAAGUCCAACAAGUCACCUUUGGCUUCUCUGCUUCCUUCUUGUCAAAGGGGACAACAGUCUCUCAUCUCUCCCUGUGUGCCAUUCUCUUUCAAGGUGACUCCAGCUUUUGAAGUCCCUGCCAUCUGCCACGUGCAGCUCUGUACUUUGCAGGAUGGGAGAACAUCAUCUUCCCAGAAUGCCGUCUGUUCUCCAGUAUUGGCCAUUGGUAGUUCUGCUUGUGAAGAAAAAAGCAGCACUUUGCCCUCCCAGAGCCCAGUCCCCCUUGUCUCUCUCCAUCAGAAAGCCAAUUAGGAAAAGCCAUAACCUCGAGUUACUGAGAGAAUUCUCAGAGGAAUGAGAAGAGCAGUUACUAAGAUUAGCUUCCAAUCUUCGGCUGUGUGUCUGAUUGAUGGUAGGGAAAAUUCCAUCAGAAAACUAUCUUUCAGGAGAAGAUAUGUGUGUGUGUUUUUAAGGGACUAUAAUGCCUUCUUCGAGAGACUGCACUCAGCAGAGACAAUGAGCUCUGACCGUGUGUGACUUUCCCCUUGCCUUACUGCAGUCCAUAACUGGUCUGAGAAAUGAACAAACGAAUCUGAAGGCAUGUGCAGCAUGCCUUCCAUGGCCAGGCAUCGCUAACUAAGCACAUAGAGACUUGGCCAUGCACGGUGGCAGAUAACGAGCAGCCCACUCAUUUCUGAAACCCUCAGAGGAAGGCACAUUGGCCAGGCUGCUUAUCCGAGAGUUCUUCAUGCUGAUCUGUUGACAUUCACAUCUCAGUUCUAAAUCUGGUGGCUGCCGAAGCCUUCCGCUUCCAGCUAGUGGAGGCGAGGUGCGGACGGCUUCAGGUUGACCAUGCUGCAUCUUCAUUGGGCACAAGGGAUAACUGCUUCCAUCGCUCUUUGUGUGUGUGUGUGUGUGUGUGUGUGUGUAAUUGUGCACAUUUAGAGACUAGAGGAAGACAUUGUGUAUCCUCUGUCGCUCUCCACAUCAUCCUCUCAAAUCAGGGUCUCACUGGAUCUGGAGAUAAGCUGAAAGCUAGCAGGCCUCCAGUCUCCACUCUCCCACACGCCCCGCUUGUGUGUGCAUGCAUCCAAGCACACACAGGAUGCUGGAGCUAGAGGCACAUGUGUGGCUGCACCUGACCUGUUCAUGAGUUUGGGGGUUUAAACUCAGGUUCUUCUUGCAUAGCAAUCACUCUUACCUGCUGAGCCCAGAGCCACCCACAUCUCCUAUUCAGAAGGAUCAGCCCAGCUACACAUUCAGGAUGGACUUGCCAAGGAGAAAUACCAGUCAGUAAUUGACUCUUGGCUCUCAUGGCCAUUGUGUCACUUUUGGCCAAAUGUCUCAGUUCUUACUUGCAAAUAACAGAAUCACACCCUAGCUCAGUAAAUGCAAAAGAUAUUCCAUAAAGAAGAUUGACUAAGUCACAUAUCACCAAACCAAAUCUCCAGCUUGCUCCCAGGCUCCCAGAUGCCCCUGAUGCAGGAUACUGCCACCAAGGCCAGAUGGGCCACCUCUGCCCUUCUGGAAACUGAAUGUAGGGACUGCCACCUGUCAUCAGCAUGGACUGUAAACAGCCACAGGCUGCCAGUACAAAGCCUUGGGCAGGAAUGCAGUAUCAGCUGGUGGAAGAGGCCAUUAGCUGGUCUUCUGCCUCUACAGUUGAGGCGGACUCAACCUCACAGUGUGGGGAUAAUGAAUAGGGUUGGGCCAGCCAUCCUAAACAAAUAGGAUUCCAGCCAGGAGUCUAGUUUUUGUUCUUUGUCCAGAAAAGAAGGACCCCCCCACCCCCCGUGUCUGAGCCGGAAAACUGGCUGUGGAAGUUGUGUGGAGAGUGAAGAGAGCACACGGGAACGUCCCCCCUGGCUGGAAACAGGACAGUUGUUUGUAUGUUCUCCUUGGAAGUACAGCUGCCAAGCCACGGUUGUCAGAUCGCCACUGGUAUCCAGGGACAGCCUCCCCCCCACCACCACACAGCCCUCAGCUUCCAGUGAGCUGUCAUAAAUCAGUCCAGCAAAGCUUGCAGGAGUUGCUGAUGGACCACACAUUCUUCGUGACCACAAGCCCAGCCCCAUUAGGCUCUCUGGACCCUGAGUGACAGCCCAUCUGGAACAAGAUGCAAAUGAUUGUCACAUCUUUCCUUCUAAGCCACUAGCCAGCUGGGGGAUUUAAAAAUAAAGAAUUGGAACAGAA